GCACACACACACAUACACACACUUUCCCUUAGCUGUGCUUUUGUGUUUUGUCAGAAUUAAUGAGAAAAGUUCCCUUGCCCUAGGGGUAAUUAGUGUCCUUGGAGUUAAAUAAGCUAAUACUUAGACACCUCUGGCACAAGCAAUUAUGUUUGUGUAUUGAAUAAUUGAUUCAAAGAGGGGGGAAGGGCUGCUAAUCAGAUCUGAGCAUAAUGAAUUGAUUUAAUUAACAGGGGAAUCCGAGGGUCUCUGGAAACUGCGCGCAUUUAUUCAGUAGCAGCAGAGGCGAGCGCGGCACAUAAACUGGGAGAGAGGCGGCGCGAGUUUGCUUUUAGCAGUUGUCAGAUUUGCAAUUGGAUUUGUUUGAAUAUAGUUGCCGUUUCGGAGCAAAUGAGAACGGGAAAGAGAGAAUAUUAAGAAGCGAGGAGAGCUCAGCCGUUCAGUCUGAGCGUCUGAUCCGACCGUGUGUGCACAGUUACAGAUAGGCGACACUAGAUUUGUAUCGCUUUUCAUUGUUUUUGCCCCCCUCCUCCUCUUUUUUUUCUUUUUUUAUUCUAUUCGCAUGGAAUUUAUCAAGAGCAACCGACGCUGUUUGAUCGCUAUUUGUUUGCGCUGCACUUCAGUCCGGAUAGGGGUUUCUCGUCGUGUUUAUCGCCGUAUUCCGUGUGUGAAUUAUUAUUGAUAGGAGGGAGAAAACGCGCAGACGGCAAUUCAUCUUUCCAGGGUUUCGGUUUAUCGAGGCGUAGUCUAGUCAACCGCGCGUUUCAAAGCCAUUUCCAGGAGAAGCUGUGAGCACACCGAGCGGUGCAGCCUGCUGGAGCCGAGGACGGAUCGCCCGAGGAAGGACUCCUCGUUCCUCAGGACGAUGGUGUUGGACAAGGAAGAGGGUGUGCCGAUGCUCUCCGUCCAGCCCAAAGGGAAACAGAAGGGGUGUGCUGGCUGCAAUCGCAAGAUUAAAGACCGCUACCUGCUCAAGGCCCUGGACAAAUACUGGCAUGAGGACUGUCUCAAAUGUGCCUGCUGCGACUGCCGCCUGGGGGAGGUGGGCUCCACCCUCUAUACGAAAGCCAACCUCAUCCUCUGUCGCAGGGACUACCUGAGGCUCUUUGGUACAACGGGGAACUGUGCAGCCUGCAGUAAACUGAUCCCAGCCUUUGAAAUGGUGAUGAGAGCCAGAGAUAAUGUUUACCAUUUGGACUGUUUUGCCUGUCAGCUUUGUAACCAGAGGUUUUGCGUCGGGGACAAGUUUUUCCUAAAAAACAACAUGAUUUUGUGUCAAAUGGACUAUGAGGAAGGUCAGCUGAAUGGGAGCUUUGAGACACAGGUCCAAUAGUUGGACCCCGACGGCAGCAACAACCGGCUCCACACGUUACACACGAGAUGGAUGUUCCGCUGCACUUGGAAAAAAGACAAGCGUCUGUCUGCUUGCCUGCAAUACUUUUUAAGACCCCUUUAUCAGUCCCUAAGGACUCUAUUGUAAAUGUUAAACUUUUUGCCCCUCCCACACCCCCCCCUCAACACUGAGCAGUUACAAAUUUUGAUGUACAGUUGUGCCUGCUUAGCUGAGCACUGUAUUGCUUGUAUGUUUUGUGAAAUUUGUUUCAGGUUUGUUUUCUUUUUCUUUAAGAAAUGGUUCACUGGAGGGUAUGUACAGUCUGUUUUCUCUGUAUAUAUAAACUGGAACAUUUAUUUUAUGAAAUGUAAUGCAAUUUUAUUACUAGUGUGAAUUAAAGAUUCUUAAAUGUUCAUAGUGAGUUUUUUUUUUCUCUUACCAAAAACCAAAGUUGUUGUUGGAAGGAGUUGGCCCACGUGUUGAUAUGUAAUCAUGUAUCAGAAAACUGCAAUGCUGUAAAGAGCCCUGCAGGCGAGAAAAAAAAAAAAUAUUUGAAGUCCUCUUUAAAACAUGAUGCAACGAAACAAGUUUUAUUACAUUUUGCAGAGUUCUGAUGGAAUUAGAAAUGCUGUUUAAAAUGAACUAAAUAAGAUUUUAUUUGGAAUAAAAGAAUGCUUC